AUCUUGUCGAAGUUGCGGCUGCGUUAAGCUGGAUAGGUCGCAUGUCCUGGGAACACAACGCCCAAGAAGGCAAGCCAAACACGAUCGACCUAAGGCGGCACAUUUUCGACCCAGAGCAUUACAGCGACGACCAUAUUAAGGACGAACACGCUGUUGAGUGAGUCAUAUGUCAUAUGGUAAGAGUUUUUUCACCUAGGUAGAAGUAGACUAGAAUUAGCCAUGUUGAUGGAAAACUAUUAUUUCUCUUGAGUCAAGAUGAAAGACGAUCGACAGGACGUCGCAAUCUUGUAGUUCUGAGAUUCAAUCACUCGUUUCUGAUACUCCACAUUAAAUAUCGACAAUACUUCCUCAUCUAAGACCGAAGAAAAAUUAAAAGAGGUCUCGACCUCGAGACGCCUGAUGAGGUUACUGCAGACGAUGCAGUAGGACAGGGACAAAGCAGAGGAGGUCAACGAAAGAAGGGCAAGACGAUGGAAUCCUUGCGCAAAGCCUUCAGCUGCCUAAAACUGCGAGGUGCGCUAGGACAUCGCAGAGGCAGAUCGCAAGGAGGACAAGAUGCGCGAUCUGUACAACUUCGAGAACGAAGGCGAGGCGAUACAGAAGCACUGCUCCUUGGACGUAGAAAACAUUCAAGCACGCCGGAGGAUGAAUAAUACUGUGCCAAGAAGGGGUGCCACGGUGAAAAGAACAAGAAGAGCAUGCAGCAGGACAAGCACCACGAGCACACAAGAGCCAGCAAAAUUAGUAGCGUCUUUUCUUAGAACUACCACGACAGACGCAGAGCAUCUAAUGAAAUCGAUGAUUUUAAGAGCUAGAAGAAAUCGGUGAAAACUCAUUUUUGUCGUGCUAUCCCAGUCCCUUUCUCGUUCUCGAUCUGAGAUGAUAGAACCUUUCGAUAAUUUUGAAAACUCACAAGUCUAGAAUUUGAAGAAUCUUCAUCUGUACCUCCGUGAAAAUAAUUUCAAAAACAAGUCUUCUGGCGUUUCUAGUGCUUACAAAUGAACGAUCACGCAGUGAACAAUUAUUCAUGUUAGGUUAUUUCUGUGAAUAGUUUGGAGGGUUUUCAACUAACAUGAAAAUUCUCUGAGUGCCAUUGAAAAAGAAGUCCGAGCAUUAUGGAUUGCAGAAUUUGCAAAAUAAGGAAAAAAUGCAGAGAGGCGAUUAUAACCCCAUAACUGAGUGUGAAUGUGGUUG